UUUGGCCGCUGCGUGGACAAACUCGCUGGGAGUUGAUACGCGUGAAAGUGAGGGGCGAGGAGGGGAAGGAGGUCCACUUUAAAGGGGCGACGAGUCCACCUGGAUGGUCGGAGAAUGAAUUAGUCUAAGCUUGGACUCGACCCAUCCACACGUAAGGCGAGCGCCUCGGCCUCUCCACCACCCCCGAAAAGAGCCAGGCCUAUGUCCAUGGAUGAGGAGAGGAGUGUUCCUGACAUCCUCCCAAAGCCACCUGAUGAUGGAGACCCCAGUCCAACGGCCCCCCGACCCACUUUACACGUAAACGCUACCAUAGAGACGGAAAAUAGCAGCCUGAUCCCAACAACAAGUCGAGAUGUGGCCAACACCUACACUGAGCCCCUCAUAUUGAGGUCGGAUCACCCCGAGAGGUCACAGGGCGAGGACGGCGGCAAAUGCAAAAGCGGCAGGAGUAUCACGUGUCAACCAGCAGCCAGAUCCACACCCAUCCACCCCACCCAACCAUGCCGGACGCAGCCUAGCAGCCAACUACGCAACGGAACCAAACACCAUGCACACUCCCCUCACUGUCCGCAUCCCGCGCCGCACACGCACGCACUCCAGUCUGGCGGGGACAGGAACGGGGGCCCUCAUGCGCAUCCCAAACUGGGUUCCCUCCCAAGAGGAGGGUCAUCCACCUCUUCCUCCUCGUCGGCGGGACCCAGGCACGGCAAGAAGUUGCAGUCUAACCCUUCCAUCACCUCCCAGAGCAGCAAGAGGAGCAAAGGCAGCUCCAAAAGUAGCUCCAAGAGCAACAGCUCCCAGAUUCCCACAGAAGCACAGGAUGACUGCUGCGUUCACUGCAUCCUGGCCUGCCUCUUUUGUGAAUUCCUGACGCUGUGCAACAUCGUGCUGGACUGCGCCACCUGCGGCUCGUGCGCCGGCGACGACUCCUGCUUCUGCUGCUGCUGCGCCUCCGAGGAGUGCGGCGACUGCGAGCUGCCGUGCGACAUGGACUGCGGCAUCAUCGACGCCUGCUGCGAGUCGGCCGACUGCCUGGAGAUCUGCAUGGAGUGCUGCAGCCUCUGCUUCUCCUCUUGA